UUAAGCUAUUAACUAAGCAUCAUUAGAAAUAUAUGAAUUAAUAUUUCGAAAUAUAAAAUAAAUAUCAAAUGGAAAUAUAGAAGAAUAUAAAAAAUUAUUUUGUGAAGAUUUUGCACUUUAUAGCGUCGGAUUAUUUCCAUUUUUUUAAAAUGCUUAACAUAAAAAUAAAUGCUAUUAUCUUUAAAUUAUCAAUAAAUAUUAUUUGCCUUUAAAAAGAGAUCUUAUACCUUGUAUACCUGGGCUUGUCCUUUCUAUUUUACCUGGUUUAGAAGAAAAUAAUGAAGCUUUAUAAAAACAUGUAAUCUUAACUUUAUAAAAUAUUAUGGAUUCUUGUGGAAGAAGAUAUUUUAUAGGAAGUUUAUGGAUGGCUAUAAUGAGAAGUCAAAGAGGAAGAGGAUAGGCAAUUAAAUUUUUGAUGAAUAAUCUUCCAAAAGCAUUAGAGGAUGAAGAGGAAGAUAUUUUAAGUAAAUCUUUAGAAGAAGUGUAUUAAGCAUAAGAUGAAUAAAAUAAUGAUAUCACCAAUAAUAAUAAAAUAGAUAAUAAUAACAAAACAAAUAUUAAAACAUAGAAUAAUUUAUAAAAUAAUAAUUAUAUAUCAAGCAAUGAUAGUCCAAAUAAAUAAAAUGAAGAUAAUUAAUAAAAUAAUUAAUACUGUCCAAAUAAUUUGGAUAAUUAAGCAAACAUUAAAAAAGAAUUUGAGAAUAAUAGUCAAAUUUAAAUAAGAGAAAAUUUAAAAUUCAUAGAAGAAUAAAUAAAUGAUAAUUCAUGGGAAAACAAUUACCCAAAUAAAAGUACAUUAAUAAUAAAUACAAUACUUUCAUGUUUAUAAGAUGAAAACCAAUUAGUAAGACGUAAUAUAUUAGAUUUGAUGUGUUUUCAUUUAAAAAUUACAUAAGAUGAUAUAUUAGAUAAAAAUGAUAAAUAAAUUUUGGUUGAAGGUGUACUUUAAUAAUUUAUUUAAAAAAAUGUGUCUGUCAUUAGAAGAAUUAAUAUGUGGCUUUUCGGAAAACCUGAUAGAGAUAAUAAUUAUAAAAUAAAUGAAGAAAAAAAUGCUUUUGUUAUUGAAUUAAUUAUUACUGGUUUUUGUAAUAUUAUUUAAAAUGAAAAAUAAAAUUUUUCCUUACCUUUAAAAAUUAUACUUAAUUUCUUUAUAGAACAUGAACUUAUUAUUUAAUUUACAUUAUAAAAACUUACUAUACCUAUUAUUUAACAUAUUUAUUAAUAUAAUAAAACACCUGAUGUUAUCAAAACAGCUACCCGUUUCCUUGAGCAUGUGAAAGAUUAUAUUAAUCUUUUUUUAAAAGGACUUUCUGAUUACCUUUUGGAAAGUAUUGAAUAAAAGAAAUAUGAAGAAUCUUUAUUGAUUGUCAACCUGAUUUACUUUCUUUAUUAAAAUCUUCUUAAGCCUUCUGAAGGAAUAUUGGAUUAAGAAAAAGCUCAUUUUUGUUUAAAAGAAACGCUUUCUGGGCUUUUUGAAGGUAUUUGUAUAAUAGAUCAAUAGUAAUAAAAAUUAAUGGAAACAAUUUUAAGACUUAUCAGUUAUUUAAUGGAAAGAUUAGCGCAAGUAAAUAACAUAAAAGAGGAAGAGAUUGAAAAAAACAAAGAUUUAUUAAUUAAAAAUGAUGCUAGUUUUGAAAAAUAUCAAAGUAUUUAUUACGUUAAUUUCACUAAAAAUGUUGAAAAUAUAAAUAAUUAGAAAAUUUUUAAGCUUUCUUCUUAAAAUUUAAUAAGAGGCCAGAAGUUUAUUUUUGAGAAAAAUAAAAAAAUGAUUGUCUUGCCUGAAUGGUUCACAUGUAUAUCUUAAUGUAUUCGUUUAAACAAUCCUUCUAUUUCAUUGAUUGCAAUUGAGUCAAUGAUAGAAAUCCUUAUUAGUGAAAAAAUAGAUCCUAUAUACGAACAAUUAAAAAACCUUAUACUUGAAGAGGCUAAAUAAUCAAAAAAUUCUUAUAAAAAUUUGCUUAUUUAAAAUAAUUAUACUAAACUUACCCUCGAAAAAUUAUGGUCAUUGCUUGAUUUUUAGCAUUUCUAUGAUAAAAUUAUUGAUCUCAUUGUCAAUUUUUCAUUAUAUUUUCCACAUCAUUUUAAAGAAGUGGUUGUGAAUAGUUUCUAAACUGUAUAAAUAACCUAAAAGGAAUCUUCAAUAAGAAGAUUUGCGACUUUCUGGAGAUUAACAGCUAAUCAUUAACAUCAUUUUGUACUUCUUUAAGAUUUAAAUAAAGUUGGAUUAUUCAUUAUGUUAGAUUUUCUAGAUCAUGAAAAUCCGUUGGUAAGAUAUGCUGCAAAAAAUUGGCUUAUUGAAGGUAUUCCUUAAUUUUACAGAAUUCUAGACCCUUUAUUUGAAGUACUUUUGUAAGGUAAUUCUAGCUUUUAUAUAACGGAAUAAAAAUAACUUUUUUAUACAUAAAUAUAUGAAACUAAAAGAACUAAUGAGACUUUGAAGAAACUUAAAAGCAUAUUGGUUAUUACAAGUAAUGUUUUUUUAAAAUAUAUAAGUACUAUUGUAAUUAGCGGAUAUUUAAAUUAAAUAAAAAAUCAUUUUAAUUCACAAAUGAAUAAUAGUAAUAAUAUUUUAGGAUUUUAAGAAUCUCUUGUGUAAAAAAAUGAUAAAAAAAUCACUUAUUUGGAUCUUUUGUCAUUCCUCUGUCUCAAGUUUAUAUAAGGUUAAGUUUUGGAAAGCUUUUCGCUCAAAUUUUAGCUUGAAAAUGCAGCUGUUAAUGCCUCUUCUUGUGAAUUUUUAGAACUUCUUAUAGUACAUAUAGAAGAUCCACAACUUUCAAUAAAUCUUUGUGAGUAUCUUUUGGAGCCUUUAGUUAAAACUCUUUCUCAUAAUGUGACUAAUUGUGAUUAUGUAAUGUAAGUUUAAUUAUUGAAUUUAUUCAAAACAAUAUUUUUUAAUUCUUCCUAUAUGAAUAAGAACUCGAAAUAUGUCAUUAAAAAUAAAUUAACAAAUAUAUUGACAUCUAAAGUGUUUCUUUAAAGCAUUUUGAAAGGCCUUUUUACACCUAUAUCGUAUGUAAGAGGUUAAUUUAUUAAUUUUUUAAAUAUUUGUAUACCUCUAAUAAGUUCAUUUGUGCAUCAUCCUGUACUUACGACGAUUAUUAAAUAAAUAAUGUAAGCAUAUUUCUAAUUAAUUAAGGAUUUUUCUAGAUAAGAAGUGUAGGAGUAAGAAUAAUAAAAAAACAAAAAUGAUUAAAACAAAUAUAAUAUUGAAAAUUCUAACUUUUAUGAAAUUUCAGUUGUGCUUGAAGGCGUUAAAUGCAUUCUUUAAUUUUUCUUAAAUAUGCCUACAUUAGAAAUUAUUGAAGCGAACAGAAAUAAACAUUAAUAAAACGCUAUUUUAGAUACCCUUAAAACUGUAUUUUCUUUUGGAAUGUAUUAAUAUUAAGAUUAAGAAAAAGAAACUAAAAUUACUUUUGAAAAACAUAUAGAUACAUGCAAUUGUUUAAUUUAUGAUAUAAAAUAAGUUAUUGAAUUAUUAAUAAAUAGUUGGUAAAGAAGUAGUGAGUUUACAAUUGAAUUUAGUAUUUAUGGGAUAAGAUAAUAUGAAUUUGAAAGAUAUAAUAUAUUGAAUAAUAAUUUAAAUGAAUUGAUCAAAUAAACACAUUAAAAUAAGUAUAAAGCUAAACUUUUGAUAAUUUAAAUAAUAAAACCUUUAUUAUUUUAAUUUACUACGGAAGUAAUGAAUUCAAUAAUAAUUCUUUGGAAUAGAGAAUGUGCAUUUAAAGUGCCUUAAAGACUCGAUUAACUAAACGAGAAUGAAUUUUAAAGUAAAAUGAUAGAACUUUUAAGUGUAUGUAAUAUACCUCUUGAAUAAAUAUUAGAAGCAAUAAACUAGAGUUUUUUAAUCGAAAAGAUAAUAAAUUUUUAUAAAAUUAAAAAUCAUAAAGAAAAGAAAAAUACAAUAGUUUGUAAUUACGAAAUGAGUUAAUUAGAAAACAAUUUAUUAUUUUUUAUUUAUGUAAAUUUAGCUUAUUCUUUUGUAGAUUCGAAUCGUUUAAAAAGAGAUAAUUUAUUUAAUUUUUGGAAUUCCUUAAUUAAGCUUUUAAAAAAUUUACUUCCUUCUAAAAAUCCGAAUACUGUUUUAUGGAUUAUGGAAAUUUUAUUUACUGCAAGUAAGAAAUAUUCCCCCAAAGAAAUUUUAUCUGAUAAAAAAUUGAAAAAAGAACUUCAUGAUUUGAUUUAAGAAAAAUUUAUUUUUGUUUCUUUGUGGAUUUCUUCUUCGCAAAUUUAAAUCCUAUUUAAUGAACCUGUUUUAAACUCUUAAAAUAAUGCAACCUACUCUAGUGAACAAGAUAAGAAAAUCAAAUAAUUAUUGCUUACAAGUCUUUAAUAAUAUAAAGUUUUAUCUCCUUUCACACCUAUUAUUUAUGACUCUAUAUUAAAUUCACUCAAAAGUUAAGAAAAUAAUUAAUUAUUAGAUGAUCUUGAAAGUACAGAAGAAAUAAAAAUUUAUAAUAAAUAUAGACUUUUUAUGUUGGAAAGCUUAAAAACAUUUGGAUUAGAACUUCUACAAAAUUGCUAUCCAUCAGAAAGAACAGAUCGAGUAAUAGGAAAAGUGAAGGAUUUUAUGGAAAAUAUUUUUAAUGUAAUGGAAAACAAAGGAAACUAGAAUUUACUUUAUUUAUAGAGUAGUUCUUAAUUAUUAUAUAUUCUAAUAGAAAAGUCUCCUUUAUUAAUAAUUAAGGAAUUUAAAAAGAAUAUAUUGGAAAUUUUUAACAAAGAUAAUUUUUUUCUUGUAAUAAAUAAACAUUAAGAUAUUGGAGCAAAAUUAUUGACAAUGUGA